AUGCUCGCCAAAGCAGCGUACGUGAAUUCUAAUCAAGACAUCAACAAAUCUUGCAACUUGGUUAUAUCGCUUCUUCACCCACUCACCCGCUUUUCUACAUUGUUGAACACAAAUAUAUACAGGGGUAUGUCUCAAGGUCAAGUGCAGUUUCAACAGAGACUACCUCAAGGUACCUCUUCAGAAAUGCAGAACUUCACUCUUGAUCAGAUUUUCUCCGAAUUAAAGUCAAACGAUGAAAUUUGCCGUAUUAAAUCUUCAGAGUCAUUAAAAUCCCACUUUAUUUUGAUAUCCAGAGACGUAGCCUCCAGUGAACAAUUGGCCGUUUAUACCUCAUACAUUAAUAAAAAGAUACAUGACUUGAUCAGUUCCAACAAAGUCAAUGAGCAAUUGGGCGGCAUUUCCGCAAUAGACGCACUCGUUGAUAUACUGUAUUCGUCAAUGGACGAUUCUCAAUUGCAACAGUUUUCAUCAUCCUCCUCUCCAUCGGCCACUAGCAGUCCAGUUGAAGGAAGCUUGGAUUUGAUUGCAUUGUAUGCGAACUACCUAAGGGGGUUGAUAACUUCAAAUAAUCAAGUAAUCAUGAAAAAGGCAUCAUACACUAUGGGGAGAUUGGCUAUUCCUGGAUUCGUAAUGUCUGCAGAAUUUGUCGAUGCAGAAGUUAGAAGAAGCCUAGAAUGGUUGAUUUCCGAAAAGGCCGAAACAAAGAGGCAUGCUGCUAUAUUAGUCAUAUCGUCAUUAGCCAAACAUUCACCCGCUCUUUUAUAUCAAUAUGUGAAACAUAUCCUAACAAACAUUUGGAUUGGUUUGAGAGACUCAAAAUUGACUAUUAGGGAGGAUUCAGCUAUAUGUUUCAGAAAUUGUUUGGACAUUGUCUAUCAGAGGGACAACGAACUAAGAAAUUACUGGUUUGGAAAAUUCUACAAUGAAGCAUUCAGUGCUUUUAAAGUUGCCGGUGGUAAGGAAAGUACUAAUGAUUCGAGUGAAUACAAUGCGACUAUCAACCAACAGCUAUCAAGCACAUCUCCAGAAUAUAUCCAUGCGUCUUUGUUGGUUUUUAGGGAGCUAGUUAAUCAGGGCACUACUAUCUUAGGAUCCAAAAUCGAUGAAAUUUAUGAAACAUUACUUAAGGUUAAAGAUCAUAGAUCCUAUGACGUUCGUAAAGAAGUCACUAUUAUUGUUCCAAAGAUGGCAAGUUAUGACAAAAUUAAAUUUGUUGACCGGUAUAUGCAUCGAGUUCUAUUAUACUACAUUUCUCAAUUAAAGAUCGGGAAAGACAAAGCCAUCAUAUUAAUGAGUAUAGGUGAUAUUGCAAUUGAAGCUAGGAACAACAUUGUCAAUUAUUUAAAUGGUAUUGUUUUAGAAACAAUCAGAGACGGUUUAAGUCAAAGCUCAAUCAAAGUCCAGAGGGAAUUAGCGCCAGCCUGUUGUUACUGUCUUUCUAAGUUAACCAUUGCAUUAGGUGCGCCUCUAACUAAGUUCAUAAACGCCUAUCAAAUUUUGAAACUAUUAUUGAAAUCUCCGAUAAAUGAUAACACAUUGAGUGUUUUAAGGAUUUUUUCGAAAAGUUUACCUUCUUUGGAACCGAUAAUCAAUGAUAGGUUGAUAAACACAAUAAGCUUUUGUUUAUCCGGUUAUCCGUUCCAGCAUCCUGGAUCACCAGAUUUUGAGAGGAUGUUUGAUUUUGACUUGGCGUACAAUUUUCGCUAUAACAUGCUAAUUAAAGAGAGUGACGAGUUCAAUGAAAAUACAAUAGAUGAGCUGCCCCUUCUUGCGGGGUUUGAAAAGUCCAGAUACUUUCAAGUUUCAGACACUAUUGUGAUUCUUCAAGCUCUGAAGGCCUUGAGAGUCUUUGAAUUCAAGAACUAUGAUUUGAAUGAGUUUGUUCAGUAUGCGAUUGUUAGUUUUAUUGAUCAUGAUAAUCCAGAAAUUAGAUUACAAGCUUCAGUGACUUCUGCUCAUUUAUUUAGAAGAUCAACCAUAUGCUUUGAAAGGAGUGCUCAUUCACUCAAGAGUGUGGAGUUUGUUCUAUCAAAGUUGCUCACUAUUGCCAUCACAGAUCCAGUAACGGAAAUCCGUCUUGAGGUCAUAAAAAACUUGGAUCAUCGAUUCGAUGCUCAUCUAUCACAAUCUAAGAAUGUCAAGUUAUUAUUUAUGACGUUGAAUGAUGAAGAUUUUGAGAUUAAGAAGGAAGCAUUCAAACUAGUUGGCCGUUUAACAUUUUUCAAUCCUGCAUUCAUUGUACCCCCACUGCGUAAAAUAUUAAUUCAGCUCAUAAGUAACCUAGAGUAUGGUGCACAAUCCUCCAGAGUCAAGGAGGAAUCAUGCGAGUUACUUGGAAUACUGAUUUCAUCCACAGACUCUUUAACCAAAUCAUAUACUACCCAACUAAUGGAUGCUUUAUUGCCACAAACAACAGACCCUCAUGCAGUAGUAUGUGCUGCUUCAAUCAAGACAAUAGGGAACUUGGCCGAAGUUUCAGGCGAUCUUAUAUUGCCGUUUGUUCCCAAACUCAUGCCAGUAUUAAUCGACGUAUUUGAAGACCAAAACUCAAAUUUGAAAAGAAAUGCAGCCAUAAAAACACUCGGGCAGAUUUCAGGCUCUUCGGGAUAUGUUAUACAGCCGCUACUGGAUUACCCCCAAUUACUUGGGUUACUUGUUAAUAUUUUGCGCUUAGAAACAUCCCCAACCAUUAGAAGAGAAACUGUAAGGUUACUAGGUAUCCUAGGUGCAUUGGAUCCAUACAAACAUAGGGAAGUUGAAAGAAGAGGCAGAGAUGCAGAAACAGUUGCUAGGCAGAAUGCCCCUCAUAUUGAUAUGGAACUGCUAAUGAAGGGUAAAUCACCAACCAAUGAAGAUUAUUUCCCAACAGUAGUUAUUCAAACGUUGAUCAAAAUUUUACAUGAUAAUUCUUUGGGGGCUCAUCACUUAAUGGUUACACAGGCAAUGGUAUCCAUUUUCCAGAAUCUCGGACUAAAAUGCGUCAGUUAUCUAGAAAGUGUAAUUCCUGCUUUUAAUAGUGUCAUGCACAAUUGUCCAACUUCGAUGCUGAAUAUUUACUUCCAGCAAAUCAGCGAGCUAGUUGACAUUGUCAAGUUGAACAUUAGGCCGUAUUUGAAUUCAGUGUUUUCUCUGAUUAAAGAAUUUUUUCCUAAUGUGAAACUACAGUCCCAAAUUAUUGGCUUGAUUGAACGGGUUUCGGAAGCGUUGGAAGAUGAAUUCAAGUUAUACAUGCUUGACUUAGUCAACAUAUUUUUGGGUGUGUUAGAAAACGAUUUGUCGGCAGGCUAUGUUUCGACCUUGCGAGUCUUAAAGGCGUUCGUUAUUUUUGGCUCCAAUUUGGAACCAUAUACCUAUAUGAUAAUUCCGUCAUUAGUAAAACUUUUUGAGUUUGCACCUCUGAACAUCAGGAAAGCAUCUAUUGAAUGUAUCGGCAGAUUAACUAAAGCAAUUCCGCUGAGCGAAUAUGCUUCGGAAAUACUACAACCUCUUUUGAGAUUGUUAAGUAACUAUGAAGGUACGAACCUUAGAACCACGGCCAUGACUACAAUUUGUUCGUUGUUACUGCAGAUGGGGCCUGAUUUCAAGGUUUUCAUUCCUGUCGUAUCGUCAGUGUUGAUAAGGAGUAAGUUGCAGUUCCCCCUAUACGACCAAUUCAUUGACCGUUUAAACAAAGGAAGGCCUUUGCCUUCUGGCGUUGUUCUUUAUCCGGAUAUAGAAGAGAAACAAGAGGCAGCUAAACGGACCGAGCCCAAGCAACAAAGGCUGGUAGUUAAUGCACAAACAUUAAGAGCAGCAUGGGACUGUAGUACCAAGAGAACAAAAGAGGAUUGGCAGGAGUGGAUAAGAAGGUUGAGCAUAGAAUUAUUAAAGGAAUCGCCCUCUUAUGCAUUGAGAGCGUGCACUGCUCUUGCAACUGUAUAUCCUCAGCUAGCUAGAAAUCUAUUCAACUGUGCAUUUGCAAGUUGUUGGAAUGAGUUACACACGCAAUACCAGGGUGAACUUGCACAAGCUCUAUGUGUUGCAUUAUCGUCUGUCAAUAGUUCGCCUGAUAUUCACCAAACUUUGUUGAACUUGACAGAAUACCUGGAGCAUGAUGAGAAAUCAUUGCCUAUAAGGAUUCAAACAUUGGGACAAUAUGCUCAACGGAGUCAUGCAUACGCUAAAGCGCUACACUAUAAAGAAUUGGAAUUUAUCCAGGAGCCCUCUAUUCCAACAAUUGAAUCUUUGAUUAGUAUUAACAAUCAACUCCAACAGUCUGAUGCUGCAAUUGGAAUUUUAAAAUAUGCACAAGAGCACCAUGGCUUACAAUUAAAAGAAACUUGGUAUGAAAAGUUACAACGUUGGGACGAUGCGUUACAUGCCUAUAGUGAGAGAGAAAAGGAAGAACCAAAUUCACCUGAUAUUACAAUGGGUAAAAUGCGUUGCCUUCAUGCUCUAGGUGAAUGGGAACUAUUGAGUACUUUAGCAAAGGAUAAAUGGAGUGACAGUACUCCUGAAAUCAAACGGGCAAUAGCACCGUUAGCAGCAGCAGCAUCGUGGGGACUACAUCAAUGGGAAAGAAUGGAUACUUAUAUCUCAGUAAUGAAAAAGGACUCGCCCGACAAAGCCUUUUUCAAUGCUAUUUUAUCAUUGCACAACAAUAAUUUCAAUGAAGCAAUGCAGCAGAUUGAUAAAGCCAGAGAUUUAUUGGCAACCGAGGUGACUGCUUUAGUCAGUGAAUCGUAUAAUCGUGCUUAUGGUGUUGUUGUUAGAGUUCAAAUGCUAUCAGAAUUAGAAGAAAUUAUCAGGUACAAAGAAUUGCCAGCAGGUAGUCCGCAAAGGGUGCAUAUAAUUGAUACGUGGAACAAACGUUUACUGGGUUGUCAAAAAAAUGUGGAUAUAUGGCAAAGAAUGUUAAAAGCACGUGCGUUAGUUGUUAAGCCAAAACAGGAUAUGAAGAUUUGGAUUAAGUUUGCAAACUUGUGUCGAAAAAGCGGUAGACUGAGGUUGGCUGAGAAAUCAUUGAACUCCUUAUUAGAUGAAGGAACUACAGGCAAACCGGGAAAUAAAGCAUCUCCUCAUGUUGUCUAUGCUCAGUUGAAGUACAUGUGGUCACGGGGACAAAACGUAGAAGCAUUGAAUCACUUGGUAGAUUUUACUUCCAAACUCUCACGUGAUUUGGGCUUGAACGAAAACGAGUCCAUCACCCAGCCUUUACCUAAGAAUAUUCCUGGAAUUUCUGAAGACAUUGAGAAGUUCACGAAAUUGUUGGCUAGAUGUUAUUUGAAGCAAGGUGAGUGGAAGAUUGCUUUGGAUGACAAUUGGAUCGAACAGGAAUCAUCGAGUAUUCUAGGAUCCUUCCUUCUAGCCACACAUUUUGAUCCAAAGUGGUAUAAAGCAUGGCAUAACUGGGCGUUAGCCAAUUUUGAAGUGAUUUCACCUCAGUCUAAGCAUCGCCAAAACUUUAUCAUUAAUGAAAAUAAUGGAGCUGGUAAUGUCCCUAAAAUUGACAUAGCCAACAAGAAAAUAAACAUAAAUAUGAUCUUAAGAUAUGUCGUCCCAGCAGUGAAAGGUUUUUUCCAUUCGAUCUCUUUGUCAAAUUCUAAUCCAUUGCAAGACACACUAAGACUUUUAACAUUAUGGCUAGACUAUGGUGGAUUUGAGGAAGUUUCAAACACUUUACAAGAAGGUAUCCAAAUGAUCAAAAUAGACACAUGGCUGGAAGUUAUACCUCAGCUUAUCUCGCAUAUUCAUCAACCGGAUCCAACUGUCAGCCAUUCAUUACUUGGAUUACUAUCCGAAUUAGGAAGAGCACAUCCUCAAGCAUUGGUUUAUCCUUUAACAGUCGCAAUCAAAUCGGAGAGUAAAUUAAGACAAAAGGCUGCAUUGACAAUCAUUGAUAAGAUGCGGGCCCAUUCUUCUGUGUUGGUAGAUCAAGCAGAUAUGGUAAGUGGCGAAUUGAUCCGAGUUUCUGUAUUAUGGCACGAGAUGUGGUACGAAGCAUUGGAAGAUGCUUCAAGAGCAUACUUUAAUGAUAGGGAUGUUGAUAAAAUGUUCUCAAUAUUAGAGCCCCUGAAUGAGAUGAUAGCAAAGGGGCCAACAACCAUCAGAGAGACUUCAUUUGUUAAUGCAUUUGGUAAAGAUCUACGAGAUGCACAGGGUUGGUUACAUCAGUUCAAACGUACCAAAGAUGUGACUUAUAUCAACCAGGCAUGGGAUUUGUAUUAUACGGUUUUCAGAAGAAUCUCCAAGCAAUUACCUAUAUUACAAAAUCUUGAUUUACAGCACGUGUCUCCAUUGUUGCUAAAUGCACAUGAUUUAGAGUUGGCUAUACCAGGUACUUACGUAGCAGGGGAAGACAUUGUAAGGAUCAAGAAAUUUGAUCCAACACUUAUUGUCAUUACAUCGAAGCAGAGACCUAGGAAAAUACACAUCUACGGUAGUGAUGGUAAAACAUACACAUUCCUAUUAAAGGCGCACGAGGAUAUCAGGCAGGAUUCAUUAGUUAUGCAACUAUUUGGAUUGGUUAAUACACUGCUUGCCAAUGAUCCGGAAUGUUUCAAACGUCAUGUUGAUAUUCAGAAAUAUUCAGCAAUUCCGCUAUCACCUUCGAGUGGUCUUUUAGGAUGGGUGCCGAAUUCAGAUACCUUCCACGUUUUGAUCAAGGAAUACCGUGAUCCAAGGAAAAUCUAUUUAGAUGUUGAACAUAGAGUCAUGUUACAAAUGUCCCCAGACUAUGAUAACUUGACGCUUUUAGAGAAGGUUGAAGUUUUCACGUAUGCAUUAGACAUCACUAGAGGCCAAGACUUAUACAAAGUUCUAUGGUUAAAAUCGAAAUCGUCUGAAUCAUGGCUUGAUAGACGUACUACGUACACCAGGUCAUUAGCUGCCAUGUCAAUGGUUGGCUAUAUACUAGGGUUAGGAGAUAGGCAUCCAUCGAACUUAAUGAUGGACAGGAUCACGGGUAAGGUUAUCCAUAUUGAUUUUGGUGAUUGUUUUGAGAGUGCCAUAAUGAGGGACAAAUAUCCAGAGAAAGUUCCAUUCAGGUUGACGAGGAUGUUGAGUUACGCAAUGGAAGUCAGUGGUAUAGAGGGUUCGUUUAGAAUCACGAGUGAAAAUGUCAUGAGGGUCUUGCGUGAUAACAAGGACUCCUUGAUGGCCAUAUUACAGGCCUUUGCGUAUGAUCCAUUGAUCAACUGGGGGUUUGACUUCAACAUCCAGCGAGUUAUUGAGCAGUCUGGACUUUCCAUCAAAUUACCAGAGAACAACUAUGCCGAACUUUUGAGGAGUGGGCAGAUCAACGAGCAAGAGGCAAGUGUGAUGGCUUCCAGAUACAAGGCUGCCGUGAGAGAUGCCCGUGCGGCGUGUGUUUUGAAGAGAAUCAACGAUAAGUUGACCGGUAAUGACUUCAAGAGAUACAAGGCGUUGGAUGUCCCGACACAGGUCGACAAGUUGAUCCAACAGGCCACCAGCGUGGAAAACCUAUGCCAGCACUACAUUGGGUGGUGCUCCUUCUGGUAG